AUGGCGCCCAAAUGCAGUUUGUCUGCUUCGAGGCCUGCUUCUCAGCCUAGGUUCAUACAACACAAGAAAGAGGCAUUCUGGUUUUAUAGGUUCUUGUCAAUUGUGUAUGAUCAUGUCAUAAACCCUGGGCAUUGGACCGAGGAUAUGAGGGAUGAGGCUCUCGAGCCUGCGGACCUCUAUGAUCGGAAUAUGAAGGUGGUUGAUGUGGGUGGAGGUACAGGUUUCACAACUCUGGGUAUAAUUAAGCAUGUUGAUCCAAAAAAUGUGAUAAUUCUUGACCAGUCACCUCACCAGCUUGCCAAGGCAAGGCAGAAAGAAGCCUUGAAAGAGUGCACCAUAAUUGAAGGCGAUGCCGAGGAUCUCCCUUUUCCCACCGAUUAUUGUGAUAGAUAUAUCUCUGCUGGGAGGUAA